AUGGCGCAACAGGCGUUCGAGGACAUGAGGGUCGUGGAGCUCAAGGUGGAGCUCAAGGCGCGAGGCCUGCCCGUGAGCGGGCUCAAGGCCGUGCUCAUACAGCGCCUCCACGACCACGACAACUCCUUGGUCGAAAAGCUCGCCCAGGCGAAGGACGAAGAACCCACAGCGGCCGUCAAGAGCAGCGACGGCGCAGGCGCGGAGCUCUCGCCGGAAACGGUAACCAAAGCGCUGCCGACCGUCGCUGACGUCGGAAAGCAGGUUGAGUCUUCGACGCCCACCAAGGAUGCCGUUGGAGCGGCGGCAGCAGCGAUACCGGCGACCGGGGAAAAUUCCGAGGAAAUUUCUCCGAAGAAGCAGGAAAUUUCUCCCAAGAAGAAGGAAAUCUCUCCGAAGAAGAACCCGGAUGCUGCUGUUGCUCCUCAGGUGUUGGACGCUCCCGCCACCGAGCCCAGGUCUACCCGCAGCAAGACCCGUCGCGCGUCGAUGGCGAAUACCGCCCCUGCGCCCGCAGCCUCAGCGGAGACAACGCCGACAACACCUGAGGUCACCGUAAAGAGCACGGCGGCAGCCCCCGUAAUCGUAAAACCGGAGGCGCCGGCGCCGGCCGCGGAGGGCGGUGGGGGCAGCGGGGCGGAGGUGGUGGACAGUAACUCAGAGACACAGAUCAGGCUUGCGAAGACCGCCGGGGUAUUCGGAGUCGUAGUGAGCGCUGCUUGCAUCGGGUGGGGGCACGGGCUGACGGCGGGCAACCUUGCCACCCUCCAUGUGGCACUGUUGGGGCUGUUCAUAGCGGCGACGGCCUCAAACAACCGGCCAACGGGUUCUCGGGCUUUCGCGGCCAAGGCAAUCGUCACGCUAGCGCUGGCCCUGGUGGCUUCGGAGGCUUUGCAGCAGACCCAGCGGCAACCGCCGCCACCCUUGUCCGCAGGAGGAGGACGCGGAGGAGGAGGAGGGAUGGCGACGCUGUCGGCCCUUGUAUCCGACAGGGUCGCGGCGAUCCUGAGCUGUGGGACGGAGGGAGGUGGCGGUGUAUCGUGUGGACAGGUUGGCGAGGGAGUGCUACCCACGCUUCAGGCGUGCCUGCACUGGAUGAAGGGGCUUUGGAGCGUUCUGGAGGAAGGGGAGUGGCGAUCGGUGCGAUUCGGGGUGAUCGAGUUCUGGGGCUGGGCUUCGGUGGCGGGUUAUUUGGCCCUGGUUGAGGCGCUCCCGGUGAUGCUGCAGCCCCUCCACGGUGUUUUCCGGAGGCUAGAGCGAGGCCACAACAUCCUCCUCGCACUCACGAGCGCGGCGAUGCUGGUGGGGAUCAUCCGCUCUUGCGUCACCAGCGGGAAGACUUCUAGCGUGCAUGCGAUGCUGUGCGGAGCUUUCGACGAGGAGGACCCGGUCUUCGACAUGACGGCCAAGACGUUCUUCUGGUCCAAAGCCUGGGAGUGGGUGGACACGGCUAUUUUGGUGGCGAAGGGCAAGCCAGUCUCGUGGCUCCAGUACACCCACCACGCCUCCACUGCUAUCCUUACUGCCCUAAACAUGGUGCCGACCCGAAACGCCAUGUGGUCCGUCGUGUGCGCUCUCAACAGCUUCGUGCACGCUUGGAUGUACGCCUACUACGCUUUCCCAAGGUUUAGCCUGCUGCGGCGCACGAAGGUCUGGCUAACGUGGGCCCAGAUGGUGCAGCACAUGAUCGUCCUUGCGUCGGCGACCUACGUGGUGUACCAGAGCCGAACAGGGACCGAGUGCCACAACAACACCACCCCGAUCCUGGCCGGCCUCGGGCUUUACCUCAUGUACCUGGUGUUCUUCGCGCUGUUUUACCGACGAACGUAUCUGGGAGGGGCCAAGAAGGCCCAAAUAAAAAAAAACUCGUAAUGUUUCCUAAGAUGCUCGUGUGUGAGGGCCUGUAUCACGCGUCGGCGACGAUAUAGUCGCCGCACGCCUAUAAUAAACCGGGGACCUCGUUGGUGAUAUGAAUGCGGGGAGAAGAGGGGCGUCAAUGGUGAUGAUGCCCUAAGUGAUGGGUAGUGGGCCUUUGUAGAGGGACCUUUGUAAUCGGAAGCUUUUUGGAGACUGGGCUUUCGUCGGAGCGUGUUUCCGGCGCUCACGCCCUUUUGUGCUGGAGUUGUUGCCGAUAGUUGGAGGCCAACCGCCCGGUGGGCUGACGAUCGGGGGGUGCGGGUAGGGAUCAUUCGUACACGCGUGCUGCCGCCGUCUUUCGGCCGCGGCUAUCCUUCUCCGAGAAAUAUCGGAGCUGUAGCACGUCGUGGGUCUCCGGCCUCUAGUUUCUCACAACCCGCAUCAAGCGCGAGGCUUUGCGAUGUUUUCCGUGAGCCGUGCGAACGGUGGGGCAGGAAGGUGGUACAUAUAUCCUAGCUCGUAAAUUUUCUUGUUCACAGUCGAUUGCUGUUUCCGCUUGUGUUUUUUUUUUCUGGACUAAAUGGGAUCCGCGAUGUACAUGUGCUUGCGCCUCUGCCCGGGGCUAAUCAUGGCGUUCGUGGUGGUGGUGGUGACCCGGGAAAACCGGUGGUCGCUACCGCGGGUCCAAAAGCCAUCGAGCUAGCAAGAAAACGGUCAAGUGUAGAGUGAGAGUGUAACCUAUGCAUGACGGGUGUAUCUUCAAGGGGUGCAUUUUUUUGUUCCACCCUCGACAAAAGGUGAAUGCGUUGGGGGGCACCGUGUAGUUCAUGUCGGGGGUAAAUUGUUUCGGUCUCCCUUUCUUCUCUCACCCCUUUACUUUCAGACAAGCGAGUUGCUGUGUGGUGUGUGCGUUUCUUGAAUUAGCGUCCACCGCGCUAACCGCUGACCGGUGAAAAUAAUUCAGUGUCAGUGCGUGUGAGUGGAAUUACCGUCGACCGCGCCAACCGACUGACCAAUG